CUUUCCGACGUGUGGAAAUGAAGAAGAUGUUUCUCGUGUUAGUUUUGCUGCAUUUCGAUGGUGUGUUUGGUGUUGAUCCAGAUAAAGUAAAGUCAGUGUCAGUGAUGGAGGGAGAUUCUGUCACUUUACACACUGAUGAAACUGAAAUACUGAGAGAUGAUGAUGUUUUACACUGGAUGUUUGGAGCUCAGAAUCCAGAUACUGUUAUAGCACAAAUCAACAGAGAAGCAAAUAUAACCUCAAUAAUGGACGAACAGUUGAGAUUCAGACUGCAGCUGAACGAUCAGACUGGAGAUCUCACCAUCACAAACAUCACAACCGCACACACUGGACUUUAUAAAGCACAGAUCAUCACAAACACAAUAUCAUUUAAUAUAUUCAAUGUGACUGUUUAUGCUCGUCUGCCGGUUCCUGUGAUCAUCAGAGACUCUUCUCAAUGUUCUUCAAGCUCUAAAUGUGUGUUGGUGUGUUCAGUGGUGAAUGUGACACAGGUGACUCUCUCCUGGUACAAAGGAAACAGUUUAUUGUCCUCCAUCAGUGUGUCUGAUCUCAACAGAAGUCUCUCUCUACAUCUGGAGUGUGUCGAUGAUUCUUACAGCUGUGUGGUGAACAAUUCCAUCAGAAACCAGACUAAACAUCUCGACAUUACUGAAGUCUGUCAGACGUGUUCAGAACUCUCUGAAUCUCUGAUAGAGCUGAUUUCAACUGCUGCUGGAACUCUGUUGAUUGUGGCGGCAGUUUUGAUGUUCUGCAUCUGCAGGAAAUGUAGAAAAACACAUCAAGAGGUUCGGACUCAUGGAGAAGAGAUAACUUAUGCAGAUCCAACAUUCUAUAAAAGAAAAGCACAGAAAACGAAAGUUCCAGAAGAGGAUGAGGUGGUGUACGCAGGAUUAAUGAGACGAUAAUCAAACACUCUUGAUUCGGUUUCCUCAGAAAUGAGUUUAUUAUCCUCUGGAUUAUCACAUAUGCUUUUAAUUGUGUUG